AUGUCUCCUGGACCAGGACACGAAAGCAUCUUUCAAGAUGACAACCAAGCAACAAGAUCACGUCUCUCACGCUUCAAAGACUCAUUCAUUCCUCUCAUAACACCAGCGAUUCUUAACAAAAGUCCACGGAAACAGCUUCAUCCAACAGCUUAUCUUGACGGUCUCAGGGGGUUUGCGGCCUUCCUGGUUUACUGGCAGCACCACCAAGUAUGGGCGCGCGUCGCCAUUUCAGCGGGUCACAUUUUUGAGAAUGGAUUUGGUUACGAUGGACAGUAUUACUUUGCCUGUAUACCAUUCAUCCGAAUACUUUUCACUGGAGGUCACGUUGCGGUCACCACUUUCUUCGUCAUUUCCGGCUAUGUAUUGUCGAUGAAACCGUUGAAGUGUAUCCAUGCAAAGGAAUACACCAAAUUAGAAGACAGCGUUGCUUCCGCGUUGUUUCGACGAUGGCUGAGGCUGUAUAUUCCAGCCAUUGGGACGACCUUUGCGUAUUUCACCAUUUGGCAUGUUUUUGGAAUCUGGACUGCGUAUCCGAAGCAUCAAGAUACUUAUCUGGGAGAAGUUUAUAAUUGGUAUCUCCAAUUCAAGAAGAUGAGCUGGGUAUUCCAAAAUGAGAAACCUGGAGAGUCAUGGUUCGAAUACAACUUCCAUCUAUGGUCCAUCCCCACCGAAUUCAGGGGAUCGGUUGUGAUUUACUCUCUCCAAAUCGCCAUCUCACGAUGCACUCGCAACGCCAGAUUAGCAGUUCAAGUAGCACUCAUGUUCUACUUCCUCUUCAUCGUAGACGGUUGGUUUUGCGCCAUGUUCAUCGGUGGCAUGUUCAUCUGCGACCUCGAAUUGCUCGCCCAGAACAACAACCUCCCAUCAUUCUUCAGCAUAUUCCAAAAACACAAAACACGCAUCUUCCAAUUCCUCUUCAUCUUCGCCAUUUACCUCUCCGGCGUCCCGAGUUAUAACCCCUUCGACAUGCGCAUUAUUCAGAGCACCCCAGGAUGGUACUAUCUCUCCCUCCUACGUGCCCGAGUCAUGAACGACUAUAAAUGGUUCUACCUUUUCUGGUCGAGCAUGUUCAUCGUCUCUUCCAUCCCUCACCUCCCUUGGUUCCGCAAAUUCCUGGAAUCGAGAUUCUGUCAGUACCUCGGGCGUAUCUCCUUCGCCCUCUAUCUAGUCCACGGACCUAUCCUCUGGACGCUCGCGGAUCGUAUGUACGCCGUCGUCGGCUGGCUGCGCGAAGACCGCAACGAGGGGUUAAAACCUUAUGAGAAUCUAUUCCCAGUCAGUAAGAAGGGGCCACUGGGGUUAGAACUUGCGUUCUUGGUCCCGCAUUUGGUGAUCUUGCCGUUCACCUUUUGGGUUGCGGAGAUUGCGACGAAGGUGUUUGAUGAGCCGAGUGUAAAGAUUUCGCAUUGGGCUUAUAGGAAGGGCCUGGGGAAGGCUUAG